UCUUGCUUCCACAAUCUUAUAUACUCUCUCAUCUUUCACAUCAAUUGAAAACAUUCACUUUGCUUCUUCUUCUUUCCUGUGAAAUCUAACCUGAAACGAGGAGAGGGCUUCUGUCACUUCAAGCAAGAAUUUUGCAAACUAUCCGUUCAUGGGUUUUACUUGUUUUGUUGUAAUUUGAUUCCAAAAAGCAAUCUUUUUUUUUUUUUUUUUAAAUUUGUCUCCAUGGAGUUUGACUUGAAUACUGAGUUUGCGGAGGUGGAGGAAGAGGAGAAUGAUGAAGGAGGAGGAGCAAGGGUUGAGAAGGGUAAGAGGCUUGGAGUUUUACCGUCAUCUUCUUCUUCAUGCUCUUCUCGUUCAUCAUCAUCAUCAUCAUCUUCUACUACAGCUUCUGCUUCCUCCAUAUACUCUGAGCUGUGGCAUGCUUGUGCUGGUCCUCUCACUUCUCUUCCCAAGAAAGGCAAUGUCGUUGUGUAUUUCCCACAGGGUCAUUUGGAGCAAGGUGUUAUGGUUUCUUACUCGUCUCCUCUAGAUGUCCCCAAACUUGAUCUCAGUCCUCAAAUCUUCUGCAGGGUGGCUGCCGUUCACUUGCUUGCUAAUAAGGAAACUGAUGAGGUCUAUACUCAAGUCACUCUGCUUCCACUUCAAGAGUUAUCAAUGCUAAAUGGGGAGGGGAAAGAGGUCAAGGAGUUAGGAGGGGAUGAAGAGAAGAACGGAAGCUCAUCUGUCAAAAAAACACCUCAUAUGUUCUGCAAGACCUUAACAGCUUCUGACACAAGCACCCAUGGGGGCUUCUCUGUACCUAGAAGAGCCGCUGAAGAUUGUUUCGCUCCUCUUGACUACAAGCAGCAGAGACCAUCUCAAGAGCUCAUUGCAAAGGAUCUCCAUGGAGUAGAGUGGAAGUUUCGGCAUAUCUAUAGAGGUCAACCAAGGAGGCAUCUGCUCACCACUGGUUGGAGUAUCUUUGUUAGUCAAAAGAGUCUUGUCUCUGGUGAUGCGGUUCUCUUUCUGAGAGAUGAAAAUGGAGAGCUGAGGUUAGGAAUCAGAAGAUCUGCACGGCCAAGAAACGGACUUCCUGAUUCAAUCAUUCAGAAGUAUUCAUCUUCCAGCAUCCUCUCGCUUGUGGCUAAUGCUGUAUCUAACAAAAGCAUGUUUGAUGUGUUCUACAGUCCACGAGCUACUCACUCAGAGUUUGUGAUUCCUUAUGAGAAGUAUAUUACAAGCAUCAAGAAUCCCAUUGGCAUAGGCACAAGAUUCAGAAUGCGAUUUGAAAUGGACGAUUCUCCUGAGAGAAGAUGCGCUGGUGUAGUGACUGGAGUCUGUGACAUGGAUCCUUAUAGGUGGCCGAACUCUAAAUGGAGGUGCUUGUUGGUGCGUUGGGAUGAGUCUUUUAUGAGUGAUCACCAAGAAAGAGUUUCCCCUUGGGAGAUUGAUCCUUCGGGUUCUCUCCCACCCUUAAGCAUCCAGUCAUCUCCAAGGCCUAAGAGGCCUUGGGCAGGUCUACUGGGUACUACUACUCCACAAGGAAACCCCAUAACCGAAAGGGGUGUUUUUUUGGACUUCGAGGAGUCAGUUAGACCCUCUAAGGUCUUGCAAGGUCAAGAAAAUACAGGUUCUGCAUCAUCAUCACCUUUACAAGGUUUUGAUGUUAUGAACCGACGGAUACUGGAUUUUGCUGGGAUGCAGCAGUCCCAUGCUAAUCCAGUUCUUUUAUCUGGUAGAGUGAAGGAUCGGUUUGGUGAGUUUGUAGAUUCUACGUCCCUGGACCUGGAUAGGUUUCCAAGGGUCUUGCAAGGUCAAGAAAUUUGCUCACUUCGGUCAUUCCCUCAAAUAGCUGGUUUCACUCCAGCUUCUGCUUCAGGGAGUCCUAAUCCCUUUGCUUAUCAAGCCAACAAGUCAAGUUUCUAUCCGCUAGCGUCACAAGGGAUUAGGAGCUCUCAUAUUCCAUAUCAGAGUCCAUACAAUGCUGGCGACAAAUCAUCUAGUAGAAAGUUUGAUGCACAAAGGGAAGGUGGCCUACCGAAGAAUGUACCAUUCAAGAUUGAUAUGAUGGGAACAGAGAAAGGCAGAGAGGUUAAUAUGAAUGCUUCGACUACAGGUUGUAAGCUUUUUGGAUUCUCCUUACCAGUGGAGACACCUGCAUCAAACCAGCAAAGCUCAAGCAAAAGGAUCUGUACAAAGGUUCACAAGCAAGGAAGCCUGGUGGGGAGAGCUAUUGAUUUGUCACGACUAAACGGAUACAAUGAUCUCCUUACUGAGCUUGAACGCCUCUUCAACAUGGAAGGGCUUCUCAGGGAUCCUGAAAAAGGAUGGAGGAUCUUGUACACUGAUAGUGAGAACGAUAUGAUGGUCGUUGGUGAUGAUCCAUGGCAUGAUUUCUGCAGUGUGGUGUUGAAGAUACAUUUAUACACGAAAGAGGAAGUGGAGAAUGGGAAUGAUGAUAACAGGAGUUGUUUAGAACAAGCAGCUCUCAUGAUGGAAGCAUCAAAGUCAUCCUCUGUCAGCCAGCCUGAUUCUUCUCCAACAGGUCACUAGGGUUUGAUAUAUAAAGGCAAACCAGAAAAAAAAAAAAGGCUUUGUUAUUUUGUACUUUUCAAGUGUGUUUUUGCUUAUUUUGUACUUUUCAAGUGUGUCUCCAUGGAUUUGGAUCGUUUCACUCUUUAAUGAUUUGUGAUUUAUUGUAAUGUGUGGACAAUGCCGAUGUACUAGUUAAGUUGCAAUAUUAUGUGCGUUGGCUU